AUGAUGAACAUCCUCCUCGUCGUCCUAUUGAUAUGUGGUGUGGUUUGUACCUUCAAGAUGGGCAACGUUCGCAUACAGAUGAAGACGACGCAUUUCUGCAACCUCGCCCUGAAGGACAUCAAGGGGAACCCAGUGGCAUGUCACACCUCCAAGGCUAUGGAGACUGAAGGGCUGGUUCUACCUGGUAUGGAUGAUAACAAGUCGUUCACCGUUCAUCGAGACAUCUUCCUUGCCAAGGACGGUCAAGCGGUAGUUCAGGCAGCGCCAAAUCACCCGUAUCUGUAUAUCCUCAUGAGCCAGAACGACACUCACUUCAGCAUCUCCCAACUCUUCAAUAAACAGUCAUUCCCCCUAGAGGAGGGAACCAGGCGAAAGAAUGAUACGCCCAAUUCUCGCAGGCUCAAUGCCAAUCGUACGCUUGAGGAUGAUGGUUGGGUCUAUAAAGGUUUGGUAGAUGAAGGUGGACAGAAGCUGAACAAAUGGGUCAGAAGUGGCGUAGAAGGUGUGGAUCCCAAAUCGGGUCUCAACUUCACUGCCCUCGCUCAGACUGGUGUGAUCAGUAACGCUUGGGUUCUCUAUCUAGACAAGGAUCAGAAGCAGAUGGUGAAGGUCUUGGGUAUUAACACCUUCGAGAAUGAUACAGUCUACCUCGAGUCCAACGUCACUCAUUGGGAAGAGCUGGACGAUGCAUUAACUCUGGACGUUGCCAUGAAGGAUAUUUACGCGGCGUAUGACAUUGUCAAGAGUCACAAUCAGCCACCAGCGGAGGAACAGGCUCCAGAACUGGAUGUUGAUUUCAUCAAGACUCGCUUGGUUAGCGAAGAGGCUCGUCUAUUCUUCAACGAUGGGAAGAGCCACGACUGGAGGUCGAACAAGACUCAUAUUCGUGGAGAUAAGUCGGUAGCACCGAUCGAUUACUUCCGCCUCCCCAAUGGCACUGCUGCACAUAAGUUCUUCCUGUACAAGUACGACUCCCCUGUUCAAGGUCAGGAGGACUUCGAGUUACCACCGGCUUGCAGGAGCGGUGUGACCAACUCAGCCANNNNGGGGAUGCUCACAACACAACUAGCAACACAUGAAUCAUUCAUGAUGAUUACAUAA